GAGAAACAUCGUCUCUUCCUGUCGGGAACAUGGCGGCCUCAGGAGCCGGCUCUCCGGCUCGGCUGGUCCAGUACGUCGUGGUCCGCUCGGACCUGGUCCACGCGCUGUCCUGGCCCCUGGGGGCCGUGAUCACUCAGGCGUGUCACGCCGCCACCGCCGCGCUGCACGUGUUCCGCUCGGACCCGGACACGGCCCGGUACCUGGAGGAGCUGGACUCCAUGCACAAGGUGGUGCUGGGGGUUCCAGACGAGGCCGCCCUCACAGCUCUCUCACAGACCCUGACUGAGGCCGGUGUUUCCCACAAGCUGUGGAUGGAGCAGCCGGAGAACAUCCCCACGUGUCUGGCCCUGAAGCCGUAUCCCAAAGAGACGGUGCAGCCGCUGCUGCGCAAGUUCAAGCUCUUCAAGUGACGUGGUCCUCGUUAAGACUCUUCCUCUCACCAGAGGCCUCAGAGCCUCCUCUUCAUCAAACCUGUUUACAAAGUGACCUGAGAGCCUCACAUGGUUCCUCAGCAUGAGAACAGCUGUUAUCCACAAGAUAAAAGAAUGAUAACUGUGUGUCUGUUGUAGCUUAUUGUGAUCACGAUUUAUUAUUAAUGUGCCACAGCGAUUUAAUAAAUUGUAUUGAUACAUAUGUCACACACACAACUACCAUCUAAUAAAGUUUGCCUUAGUUUUUUGUGCUGUGGUAUGAAAGCAAUCAAAGUUGUGGUCUUGUUAUUUACGCUGGCAGAGUGAAAAUAAACAGAAAGCGUUAACUCAG